AUGUCUAGCAAUGACCAGGGUAGUCCAUAUAGUGGCAGUUCAUAUAACUUGCUAUUAUAUCAAUUGUAUAGGUACCUUAAGUCCAAUGGUCUUCACGAAUCUGCGAAUACAUUUUUGAAUGAGUCUUCAAACAAUGGUAAUAUUGAUUCUCUAAUUCUAAAGAUGGAGAGUGAAAACUUUGAAAAUGAGAUGUUUAAUAGCGAUAACUUCUUGCUUGAAUGGUGGACCACUUUAUGGGCUGCACUUUCAAGCAUUAACCCAAACUUGAACCAAGUUCUCAAUACUCCUGGUAGUGGGAAUAAUGCUAGGGUAGAUAUGCCUCCUCCAACAAAUGUAUCAAGGAAUUUUGCUAACUUACAAAAGCCUCCAUUGCAGCAACCUCCGCAGCAAUUCCCACAACAAUUUCAACAAAAGCAACAGCAACUUCAACAACGCCAGCAGCUACAGCAACAAUCCAUUCAGCAGCAACAGGCUCAGCUUCUGCAGCAGCAACAGCAGCAGCUAAGAUUACAACAAAUGGCAUUCGAACAGCAACAAAACUCAUUUCAAGGACAACAACAACAAUACCAUGGGGCGCAACGUGUUCAACUACUGCCUCAACAAUCGCAACAAAGUAUAUAUUCGCAACACGAAUCGGGAACUCCACAAUCAAGUGUCUCAGAGUUUUUUGUAAAUGAUUCCAACUAUAAUAUGGACGUCCUGAGUGAACAUCAAUUUAAUCUCCAAAGAAAGGCAUCCUUAGUAAAAAACAACCUGCAGCUACAGACACAACAGCAGAUGGUCAUACAACAACAGCAACAACUACAGCAACAACAGCAACAGCAACAGCAACAGCAGCAUCUGUUUCAAAAUAUUCAACUACAGCCGACUAAUCAACAACAGCAACAAAUGCAAUCUCAACUACAUUCACAAGCACAAGCAAGGCUGGGGCGACAGUCACAACAAGUUCAAAAACUGCAUCAUCUGUAA